AUGUCAGAACUCAACUCCACAUCUGGAUUAAUAGCAAAUAUUGAAAAUGGAACUUUUUUGGAACUAUACCCCACCUCUCUCUCAACAUCCAUGGACUUACCUUCCAAUCGCAUGUCAAACGUCUAUGUUUACGUUUCAAUCUUCCUUAGCCUCUUGGCAUUCCUUCUUUUGCUGUUAAUUAUUGCACUUCAGAGAUUGAAAAACAUCAUCUCCUCUAGCCCCUCCUAUCCAGAAUACACCAGUGAUGCUGGGAGUUCCUUUACAAAUUUAGAAGUCUGUAGCAUUUCUUCCCAGAGAUCAGCUUUUUCAAACCUUUCAUCAUGAGAAGCCAAGGAAGGAAAUCUAUUGUGCAUGGAAUAGUCUCUCAGUCCAGAUUAUGAGUGUGGUUGAAAGACUAAGUCAUGCAAGAUUUGAACUGUUAGUCAGAGAAGAGACGAUUUCUGAACUUUCCCACUUGAGAUCACAUAUAGAGCUCCGCCUCUAAUAGUCUUGGAAUUUUGUAGUGUUUUUCUCAGCCGCUUCUGAAGAUAAUGAAAAGUACAUUCUUUCUCACGUCGAUCUGCUUAGUGAUCAUAAGGAGACAUCUGUAUUAUUUUCUCAAUAACAUUAGAAAAACUA